GAUUGAGCCGCACUAAUCUUUUAUACGUGCACGUGCAACAUGAACUUAACCUUGUUGCACCGUUGACAUAGAAAGUAUUUGGGAAAAUAUUAUAAUACUCGGAGGAUAGGUACCAUUUGACAAUGGCUCGAUUAAAAGCGAAUAAACUCGGGCCACGUUUAGCCAGCAGAGCUAAUGCGAAACGCUGGCCAAAAGGACAGAGUUCAAGUUCUAAUCCAGAAACGACAAAACACCGUGAACAGGCAGCAUGGAUGUUUUUUAAAGAAACCUCAGCAAAACCUGGUCUGACAAAGGAGGACUUACAGAAGCACGAUGCUAUUCAGGGUAUUGGCCCUCAGUUUGAGAAGCUUGAUCUUGAUGAAGAACAUUCAGAUGCUGGCACGGAAACUACAGCUAAUACUUAUGAUACAUUUGCCAGUAACUAUAGUAAUUGUUCCAAUAUAUCAUUUAACAGGUUCUUAAGUCACUUCCAAUCAAAUUCAAUUUUGCACAAGGAAAUGUUAGCUGUGCUCUCAGCAGUUACAGAAGUGAUCAAGCAAAAUGGUGGAAAUGAAUCUUCCACAGAAUAUUUUGCUGCAUUGAUGAGUACUUUGGAGGCAAUUGAAUCUGAGACUUCAAUUGCAGCUACCCUUUCACUGUUGGGGAUGGGUUUAAAAACGGUUCCUAGGAAUGUUCUAAAUGCACAGUUCAGUGCAGCAAGUAAAAUAUUCAUAGACAUUCUUACUAAACAUGCUUCUUCAAAAGAGUUUCUAAUACUGCGUCAUUGCAUUCAUUGUUUGUCUGUGCUUCUUCGCGCAUUAGAGGAAGCUUUAUGGUCAAAUUCAUCUACUAUGCAAGUAUUGGAUGCUCUUUUAGCAUUUACCAUACACAGUAAACCUAAAGUAAGAAAGGCAGCUCAACGUGGAGUUUGUGCUAUAUUAUCAGGAAGUGCAGUUAUGAAGGAUGAUGAUCGACCACAAUAUCACCCUGGGUCACCACAAAUUGCAAAGCACUGUAUUAACCAAUUGCAACUUACUUCAGAACCUGGUAGUGUUACUACUGUACUUCAUAUACUUACAUUAUUGAAAGACAUCACACAUCAGUUACCAAAGCCACAUGUGAAGUUGAUUUGCGAGGCAUUGUUAAAAAUGAUGACAAUGAAAAACGUUUUAAUAACGUCGUGUUGCCUUCAAACGUUCCAUGGACUGUUCAUUUCCCGACCCCCUGAAUUUGUGUUGCCCGCUCAAAGAAAUGCGCAACUGAUUACCGCUCUCUACGAUUAUCAGCCUCCUGCAACUGAUUCACAACCAACGCUCGCAUGGCUAACGGUUAUGCAGGAAGCUCACUUAUGUUUGGCUCAAAACGGACUGAAUUUAUGUGCAGCCAUUUUGCCAAAAAUGCUGGCGAAAUGUGUAGAACUCUGGCUCUCGGAUAGGCCGGAAGUUAUAUCUGGUACAUCACACACAAUCAAAAUUUUAUUGCAAGAUUGUGUUGGCAAAAUGUGUGAAAAUGAGCAACAAAUGAAUAAGUACAACAAUGCGAUUGAUCAAGUAAUUGUUAUAAUGCAGAAGGCUCUUGGUUACCAAUACUUGGAAGCUUGGUAUCACAUUCUACACUUAGUAGCGUUACUCUUCCAGAUAACUGGUAAAUCAGGAAGUCCUAAAUUGAUAGACAUAUUGAAAAUAUUAGCUGAUUUACGGGACAGUUACAAUUUUACUUCUAAAAAUGAUGCUGAAUAUGCUAUUGGAGCUGCUGUAAGGACAUUAGGUCCAGAAAUAGUACUCAAUUUAAUUCCACUGAAAACGUCGAACAACGAAAUAAAUCUACAGAGAACUUGGCUACUACCACUAUUGAAAGACUGCAUAGUAGAAGGAUCACUAACAUUUUUCCUGUGCACAUUACUGCCAAUAAUUGAAUUAUGCGAGAUAAAAUCUGCUGAACCAAUAGGAGGAAAAACUUACGAAUUUUUAUUGAUUCAAGUAUGGGCUAUCCUGCCAAGUAUCUGUCACAAUGCUAUAGAUGUGAAAGAUAAUUUUAAGAAUAUUGCUAAACUGCUGGGAACGACUUUUGCCAACAAAAAGGAUGUGAGGCUAUAUAUAAUGUCUGCCAUAAGAAAAUUAGUCGUUAAAGCAAUAAACGAUAAUAAGAAAGAAGACAUCGCAGAAAUCUCUAAAUUUGCAAAGAACUUUUUGCCAUUAUUUUUAAAUCUGUACACGACUAAACCGAAUGGAACUGACGAGGAAGGCCACCGUCUUGCUGCAUUUGACUCAAUUAAGACGUAUCUCACAAUUACGAGCAAUCAGUUGAUAAAUGAAUUGUUUGACCGUGCACUGUGUAGGUUGAAUGAACCUAAUACCGAUGAGUUUUUCAAAGAAAGUGUUCACGAUAUAAUAAGGCUGUUAAUCGAGUAUACUGAUAUUGACAGAUUAAAGACUUUCUAUGAUAUAUGUGUACCGGCUAUUAAGACGUCUUCCAAAUUGAAGGAGCAGAAGAAAGGAUAUAGAUUUUUGGAAGACCUAUGUGGCAGUGAAAAAGAAACAUGUAAAACAUUUGUACAACAACACAGGCGUGAGAUACAAAAAUUAUUAACGUCCUCGGCGACAGAGGUUUUAAAACCAAGUAGAGGGGCUCGAUUGAGAUGUUUAAUUCAUAUAAUCAAAGCUCACCCGCAAUUAGAGAAAACAAAAUUUUUGGAAGCCAUAGUACCGGAAGCAUUAACGUAUUUGAAGGACAUGAAUACAAAGUGUCGAAGUUCUGCCUAUCAACUUGUGAACACUAUCGCACAAAAGUUUUUAGAACGUCCGGAGUAUCUUAAGAAUUACGUGGAUAUGUUAAUGGCUGGUUUAGCAGGCUCGCCCAAGUACUGUACCGUUUCUAUAAUGGCACUUGCAUCUCUUACUUAUCAUUAUAACGGAUCAUUAGGGGUAGAAACAAUCAAGGAGAUAUUCGAACAUGCUUGCAAUCUCGCCGCGAGUCCUACAAGAGAGAUUACAGAAGCUGCAUUAUCUUACAUUAAAGUGUACAUCACAAUCAUGCCAUCUCCUAUUGUUGCGUCCACUUUACCUAGACUGAUCGAAUCUUUAUGUGCAAUAAACGACGACUGCCACAGACAUUUUAGACAAAAGGUAAGAGACAUUCUGGUAAAAUUGCUAAGAAGAUAUGGAAUGCAGCCAGUCUCUGCUAUGAUACCUUCCACAAACGUAAUGCUGCACAAAAGAUUAAAGAAUAUAAAUAAACUAGAAGAAGCAAAGAAGAAGAACAAGGAACUGAAGAAAAUGGCGGAACAGGAUAAGGAUGAAGAUGAAUUUAAUCCAAAGAGGAGGCCAAAGAGCAUAGAGGAAAUAGUGGCUGACAGCGAGGACGAAUAUGAUGACAUUGAGAAUACAGAACUAAAGAAAAAUAAGAAACGUACAUCAAGGAAAGAAGCUUGGAUUCAAGAAAAUGAGGAGAUCAUCGAUCUUAUUGAUCCUGCGGCUGCUAGAAAUAUAUCAACAACACAACCUGGAGUUCAAAAUCCGAAUGCACCAAAACCAAAGGUCAAGGAUCGUGGGUUCAAAGUGGCACCAGAUGGACGUUUUAUUAUUACAGAGGGCAAUGAAAAGGAUGAUGAGGUCGAAGUAAGGAAGAAAAAGAAGGUGUUGCUUUUGCAUAGCGAUUCAGAAGAUGAUUAUGAGGAUAAUGUUGAGGUUCAGUCCACAGUUACAGCGCAGGACACGGGUAAAAAGCGCAAGCAUAGUGAACACUUUGAUAAUGUUAGCGUGAGAAGUUCAGCUACGUCAAGAUAUCAAGCUGGAGGCUCUGGCAUACAUAGACCAUUAAAGAAGGGAAAAUCACACCAUGUACCAGGAAUGGAAUUCAAGGCACCAAAAGCUGGUGGGGAUGUUAAGAAGAAGGGUAAACCAGAUCCAUAUGCAUACAUACCUCUGACGAGAUCAGCAUUGAACAAGAGGAAAAAGAAAAAGAACGCAAGCAAAUUUCACGGUAUUGUCAAAAGCGCAAAGAAGGGUGCACAAAUUGGUAUAAAGAACAGAAAGAAAGGAUAGAAACUAUUUGUUGAUACCCCUAGAUGGAAGAAGAACUAAAAAUGAUCGCGCUUGUGAUGAAGUGUACGUGAGUAUAUGAAAACUGUGAAGCUAGAACAGAAUGAAAUGUGGAUUUAGUUCUGUUAAUCCACAGUGAAUGUAUAUUGCUGUGUUAUAUUGUUAAUAAAUAUAUACAUUUGAGCAACUAGAAUACUUUUCUAAAAUAAAAUGAUGUUACGAUAGAAGUGUACUUUGUGCAUUCUUUCCAUCACAUAACAGGAUUUACAAAGAAACCGUUUCUCUUUUGCGACUUAUUUAAUUUAUUACGUAUUUUAACGAAUCAAUGUUUCUAUAACUGAUACAAAAUAAUUUAAGAAUAAUAAUAUUAAAAUAAUGAUCAGCUGUCCUUAAUGUCUGAAAGAAAAAUAAUUAUUCGAAUUUUACCACCUAAUAU